ACGCACCUCCUGUCAUUCUGUAAUCGCAGACGCUCGUGGACGCUCAGGAUCUGUGCGCCCCUGUGUGAAGUUUACACACACAACCGGAGAGAAGAAGCAAAAAAAAAGAACCUCCUCCUUCAUCUCCUUCAGGCGAUUAACAUCAGUCUGCUGAGCAGGCUUGGAGAAAAGAGAUCACUUUUACAGGUUUUCAGCAGCACACAGGUUUGAGCUGCAGGACAUUAUGACAGAAGUAAUAAACACCUGUGAAUCGACUGUCGGAGACUAUGGUGCAUCUGGAGAGCAGAAGAUCGGUUUUCAGGGUUUCCCGGAAUCACACGAGCGAUACCCCAAGCUGUCCAAGCGACUGCCCUCCAUCGUGGUGGAGCCCACUGAGACUGGAGAAGUGGAGAGUGGGGAGUUGCGAUGGCCUCCGGAUGACUUGAGCCCUACAGAUGAAACCAGAGAUCCUCCAGCCCAGAAAGCAGGUGAAGAUCCGACAGCAGAGUUGGAGGAAGCUGGUGGUGUCGCAGCGAACUGAUGCGCGUUGACUGGCAUCAAUCUAACAUAUUACUAUGAAUGUCUUAAUGAUGGACAAGAAUGAGCAGGAGGCUCCUACAGUUAGGUCUGCCAACAGUAUCACCCGCAAUAGAGCCACCCACCUGUUGAUAGACCUUCCAAUCCAGUAGGGGGAGCUGAAGCCAGAGAGACUUUCCUGAAAUAACUCGCGUGCCAAACUCUAGUGGUAGCCAGCUACUGUGAUUGAGUUGUACCUUCUUUCCUAUAACAUUAAGAUCCAUCAAUAAUUCUAGCACAAAUCUGUUCAUCUGUACCCGUUUUUAAGUGAUUUAUUGGGAUUGUGUAUAUACAUAUGCUUUGGACCAAAGUUAAAUAUUAAAUUUAACUUUAAUAUUUGACACCCCCACGUGCUGAUCUACCACACACACACACACACACACACACACACACAAAGCUUCUUAUUUCAAAUGAUCUAGAUGUAUGUUUAAUCUGCAGUAGAGGUUCUUAAUAAAUAUAAAUGACCUUUGAAAUGUACAGUAUAGUAGAUGAUAUUUUAUAGUGUGUUCUCAUAGACUCAGUUAAAUUUAAAGCAGCUAUUUAUUAAAGUAGUGGUCCAUUCGGAAAGCAGCUGCCUUAGUAACUGUAUCCUCACUUGGCUGUGUUUUAAUCAGAAAGGAAACUUGGCAGACAUGUGGUUCAGAAAGUCAUUCAGUAUCAUAAUACAUAAUUAGUGUUCUCUGGAUUACAUCUCGCUGGCUAGCUACACUAGUAAUACGUUAGUGACAUAUUUCAGCUAGCUAGGUCAUUUUAAAACUACAGGACGACUUCUGAAAUGCUCCGAGCACAAAUGACUGUUAUAUCUGUGAAGCAAAACCGUGAAUAAACGUUAAUUAUCUACCAAACAAUCGUUCCCUAAAGUUUGUAAAUAUUCUUCGCCAUCCGAUUGACAGGUUGGAUC